CUUAGUCACUUUUAAGUGUCAAGGGUAUAUAAAUGCGUGUGCUGACCCCCAAGCCUGCAUUCUAAUAGUUCGGGUUGGUCUCACAGCAAAUCCCAGCAUGAAUGCAGUCUGUGUGGUUCUUGUGCUCAUCGGCAGCGUGCAGAGCAUUGCAUCUGACGCCGUGCUCGAAGCGGAGUGGAAGUCCUUUAAGGAGAUGCACGGGAGAAGCUAUGCUGGCGACAGCGAGGAGCUGCUGCGCAGGCGAAUCUUCGAGGACAACAAGAAGCUGAUUGACACGCACAAUGCACGCUACGAAGCCGGCAAGGAGACCUACAAGAUGGGCGUAAACGAGUUUACGGAUUUGCUGCCUUCUGAAUUCGUAUCUAGGAUGAUGGGCAGCCUGAAUAGGACGGCUGUGACUGCGGAUUACAUUUAUGAGCCAUCCGCGAACCUUCAGAUUCCGGAGAGCAUAGACUGGCGCACCAAGGGCGCGGUCAGUCCCGUCAAAAAUCAGGGCACAUGCGGCUCCUGCUGGACCUUUGCCGCAGUUGGCACUUUGGAGGGUCAGAGUUUUCUAAGGACCAAAAGAAUGGUUGAGUUGUCCGAACAGAAUCUGCUGGACUGCUCCUCUCACCCGCCGUACAGAAACCACGGCUGCCAGAGGGGCUAUCCGUAUGAUGCACUCAGAUAUGUUAAGGAUAACCAAGGCUUAGACACGCGCAGUUCGUAUCCCUAUCAGGGUGUCCAGGGCCGUUGUCGGUUCCGUAAGGAGCAUGUCGGAGUCAGAAUCAAAGGCGUUGCCACAGUCAGGUCUGGCGAUGAGCGCGCUUUGCAAGCGGCCGUCGCCGAGAAGGGACCAAUUGCUGUGGGCAUCGAUGUGCAGCAUCUGCAGCACUACCAUUCUGGAAUUUAUAAUAGGCCCUGCUUCGGUCCCGCAUUCCUACAUGCCGUUGUGCUGGUGGGCUACGGCAGGGACAGAGGCCACGAUUACUGGCUGCUUAAGAACUCCUGGGGCAACUGGGGCGAAGCUGGCUAUUUUCGCAUGGCCCGCAACAGCCAAUUCGUAUUGCUAAAAAUAAAUAUUCCCAAAUUUGAAUAUGGCAUGCGGGACGAUAAGAAAUUGAAAGUCUUAGUCACUUUUAAGUGUCAAGGGUAUAUAAAUGCGUGUGCUGACCCCCAAGCCUGCAUUCUAAUAGUUCGGGUUGGUCUCACAGCAAAUCCCAGCAUGAAUGCAGUCUGUGUGGUUCUUGUGCUCAUCGGCAGCGUGCAGAGCAUUGCAUCUGACGCCGUGCUCGAAGCGGAGUGGAAGUCCUUUAAGGAGAUGCACGGGAGAAGCUAUGCUGGCGACAGCGAGGAGCUGCUGCGCAGGCGAAUCUUCGAGGACAACAAGAAGCUGAUUGACACGCACAAUGCACGCUACGAAGCCGGCAAGGAGACCUACAAGAUGGGCGUAAACGAGUUUACGGAUUUGCUGCCUUCUGAAUUCGUAUCUAGGAUGAUGGGCAGCCUGAAUAGGACGGCUGUGACUGCGGAUUACAUUUAUGAGCCAUCCGCGAACCUUCAGAUUCCGGAGAGCAUAGACUGGCGCACCAAGGGCGCGGUCAGUCCCGUCAAAAAUCAGGGCACAUGCGGCUCCUGCUGGACCUUUGCCGCAGUUGGCACUUUGGAGGGUCAGAGUUUUCUAAGGACCAAAAGAAUGGUUGAGUUGUCCGAACAGAAUCUGCUGGACUGCUCCUCUCACCCGCCGUACAGAAACCACGGCUGCCAGAGGGGCUAUCCGUAUGAUGCACUCAGAUAUGUUAAGGAUAACCAAGGCUUAGACACGCGCAGUUCGUAUCCCUAUCAGGGUGUCCAGGGCCGUUGUCGUUUCCGUAGAGAGCAUGUCGGUGUCAGAAUCAAAGGCGUUGCCACGGUCAGAUCUGGCGAUGAGCGCGCCUUGCAAGCGGCCGUCGCUGAGAAGGGUCCAAUUGCGGGACCAUCGAUGCGAAGCAUCUGCAGCACUACCAUUCAGGAAUCUACAACCAGCCUUGCUCUGGUUCCACAUACUUCCAUGCCGUUGUGCUGGUGGGCUACGGCAGGGACAGAGGCCACGAUUACUGGCUGCUUAAGAACUCCUGGGGCAACUGGGGCGAAGCUGGCUAUUUUCGCAUGGCCCGCAACAGCCGUAAUCUUUGCUAUAUCGCCAGCUGGCCAACUUAUCCACUGCUCUAAUCAAUAUAUAUAAAUAUUCAUAUAAUCUCAUAAUGUAGCAUUUCAAAAGCCACAAUCUUUGCUCUUUCGCCAGCUGGCACGUUUAUCCACUAAACUAAUUAAUGUAUAAAUAUAUCUUUGCAAAUUUAAUUAUGUAUUCUUUAUA